AUGUGGCGAGCACUCAUGGAUCGAGGAGCCAACAAUGGCUGCAUCCUUGGCAAGGAUGUCAGGGUUAUCCAGUGCUACGGUCAAUUCAUUGAUCUCAGUGGCAUCGAUGACCAUACAGUUCAGAACCUCCAGCUUGCCACGGCAGCUGCUUACAUCCUUACAGACCAUGGUCCCAUCAUUGGUCUGAUACACCAGGGUGCUGCCAUGUCCAAUGGCAAAACCAUUCUCUCCCCAGGUCAGUUGGAGCACUUCAGGUGCCGUGUCCAUGACAAGGCCCUGACUGUCACUGGGCUUGACCCUCAUUUUGUGGCCCCCAAUGGUUUCAGGGUGCCCAUGGCCAUCAAGUCUGGGCUACCCUAUGUCCAACUACGGCCCCCUAGUAGUAUUCCCCAUGUGGACCUCACCAGCCCUCAUGCCUGGGAUCCCUCCUGUCUUGACUCUGUCCCUGCGGAUGACUGGUUCCUUCAGCAGGACAACUCCCUUUACGAUGAUGGGGAGUUCCCACUGGACCCUCUUGGGCGACUUCGAGCAUUCGCCGAUGACUUCAUCAACCACUCUGACCGCCAGAACCAGUCCAUUGAUCGUCGUGGAAUUGUGGAAGCCAUGGCACACAUCAUAUCCGACGAGAUUGACCUUCCCCCUCUCCUGGAGUGGGAAUCCCACGGUUAUGACUCGGACUCCUCGGAUGACAGUGAUGGUUAUGCUUCUGAUCCUGAUCCUCUAUGGCAAUGUCAUGUACAGACUCGGGCCCAACGCCGCCAACGGCACUUCCCCCCGUCCACCCCUUUGGCAGCCCCUUUGUCAUCAGGUGCUGGGGAGGAUUGUUCAGGACCACCUUCAACACAAGCUAGGCCAAAGGUUGAGACUGUAUCAGACGACGAGGACAUGGGACCACUUCGGUCCAACAACAAGGCCAAACACCACAGCGGUCUUGAGUUCCCACCCAAGUCCAAGAAGGUCAAGACUCAGAGCCCCGCCAAACUCAGGAGGUUCUUCUCAGGAGUUACCGAUGAGACUAUCAAGCGAACUCUUGAUGCUACCACCCAGUACCAAGGGCGCCACCCAGGGAAGGACACUGAGAGGCCAGAUCGUGUCUCCCAACCCCAUCCUGAAUAUCCCAAGAUGCCACGAAGAUGUAGCCACGGAUACAAUCUAUAG